AUCUCGAAGAGCACACGGACAGCGGCCUACGAGAUCUACAGGACAGACCACUUUCUACCGCCAAUAUUUCGAUAAGUGAACAGAGGACAGAGACAUGCCUCGUGGUCUGGGCAGUGGGAGCUCCUGUGAUGGGACCAGCGGGGGGCGCUAUGAGACCCCCUCCGCCUCAGAACUACAGAGGCUCAUGUGGACCAAAAAGGGCGGCAGCAACAACCACAUGGACGAAGUGUACCCCAGGAUUUACAUCGGAGAUAUGUACGCAGCUAAGGACAAGAAAGGGCUGCAGUCUCACCUCAUCACUCACGUCCUGAACGCGGCGGAUGGUAAAUACAACGUAAACACAGGAGCCAGUUUCUACAGAGACACACGGAUCACGUAUUUCGGAGUGGAGGCUUUUGACAUGGCCAGCUUCGACAUCAGCCCCUUCUUCUACCCGGCCGCCAACUUCAUCAAGAACGCUCUCAGCUCCCCCACAGGUAAAGUGCUGGUGCACUGUGCGAUGGGCCUGAGCCGCUCCUCCUCUCUGGUUCUGGGGUAUCUGAUGAUCCACGAGGGCCUGACUCUGGUGCAGGCGCUGAAGGCCGUCAGUGAAAACAGAAACGUCUCUCCCAACAACGGCUUCCUGGAGCAGCUCCGAGCGCUGGACUCCAAACUGAACUGUGGAGGAGUGCCCAGGCAGAACGGUCACAGCUGAAGUUACUGCUGCUGGAGACAUUUCAGGAGAAAUGAUACGUUUGAGCUUUUGAACAUAUGUGAUGACAUUGUUCAAAAACAUACCUGGAGUUUCAUUUUGCUUGAUUCCUGUUUACACUCUGUGAAGAGUGAGCAAAGAAUUAGCUUUACCAUUCCAAUGUAAAUGAACAUUGACACUGGUCAGAAUAUUGUAAAAUUAGUAUUCAUUUGCAUUUUUUGCUAAAUCUCUUUCUGGAAACUUGUAAAUGUAAAUGUUUUUGUUUUUGAAUGCAUUUAUCAGAUUGCUACAUUUACA